AUGGCACAGAUCAUAACAUUUUUCCAGAUGCUAUUAAUUCUCCUACUUCAUGAUUAUAUCUCGGCUGAAGAUGGGGAAACAAGAGCAAGUUGCAGAACUGCUCCGGCGGAUUUAGUUUUUAUCUUAGAUGGCUCUUACAGUGUUGGCCCAGAAAACUUUGAGAUAAUCAAAAGCUGGCUUGUCAAUAUUACAAGAAAUUUUGACAUAGGGCCAAAGUUUAUUCAAGUUGGAGUUGUCCAGUACAGCGAUUACCCUGUGCUUGAAAUUCCUCUUGGAACUCAUGAAUCCACUGAGAAUCUCAUCAGGGAAAUGGAAUCCAUACACUACUUGGGAGGAAAUACAAGAACAGGAAGAGCUAUUCAGUUUGCCUUUGACCACCUUUUUGCAAAAUCUUCAAGAUUUUUAACAAAAAUAGCAGUUGUUCUCACUGAUGGAAAGUCCCAAGAUGAAGUCAAAGAUGUAGCAGCAGAAGCAAGAAAAAAUAAAAUCACUUUGUUUGCUAUUGGUGUUGGCUCAGAAAUUGAGGAGGAUGAACUUAAAGCUAUUGCCAACAAGCCUUCAUCAACUUAUGUAUUUUACGUUGAAGAUUAUAUUGCAAUAUCAAGAAUUAAAGAAGUUAUAAAGCAGAAACUCUGUGAAGAAUCUGUUUGUCCAACAAGAAUUCCAGUGGCAGCUCGAGAUGAAAAAGGAUUUGACAUUCUUGUAGGAUUAGGUGUGAAGAAGAAGGUUAAAAAGAGAAUUCAAAUACCAACCACUAAUGCAAAAGCUUAUGAAGUAACCUCACGUGUUGACCUGUCAGAAUUGACAAGGAAUGUGUUUCCAGAAGGUCUGCCUCCGUCCUAUGUGUUUGUUUCCACUCAAAGAUUUAAAGUUAAGAAGACGUGGGAUUUGUGGAGAAUUCUAAGUCUGGAUAAGAGACCACAGAUAGCAGUCACUAUUAAUGGGGAAGAGAAAACAUUAUCAUUCACUACAACAAGUUUAAUAAAUGGCACACAAGUUAUUACUUUUGCUGCACCUCGUGUAAAGACGUUGUUUGAUGAAGGCUGGCAUCAAAUUCGUCUCUUAGUAACAGAAGACUUUGUAACUUUGUAUAUAGAUGACCAAGAAAUUGAAAGGAAGCCAUUACAUCCUGUUUUAGGUAUUUACAUCAGUGGCCUGACCCAAAUAGGAAAGUAUUCUGGAAAGGAGGAAACUGUACAGUUUGAUAUACAGAAACUGCGAAUCUACUGUGACCCAGAGCAAAAUAAUCGAGAAACAGUCUGUGAGAUCCCGGGAUUUAAUGGAGAGUGCAUGAAUGGUCCUAGUGACGUAGGCUCAACACCCGCCCCCUGCAUAUGCCCACCAGGAAAACAAGGACCUCCAGGCCCCAAAGGUGACCCUGGGCAGCCCGGAAAUCAUGGUUAUCCUGGUCAGCCUGGUCCAGAUGGUAAGCCUGGAUAUCAGGGAACAGCAGGAACUCCGGGUAUCCCAGGAACUCCAGGGGUUCAAGGACCACGUGGCUUACCAGGCAUCAAGGGAGAGCCAGGGAAAGAUGGGACUAAGGGUGACCGUGGACUACCUGGUUUUCCUGGAUUACAUGGGAUGCCAGCGCCGAAGGGAGAAAGAGGCCCUAAAGGAGAUCAAGGAGUGCCAGGAAUAUAUGGAAAAAAGGGAGACCCUGGCAGAAGUGGGAAAGAUGGAUUACCGGGAAGUCCUGGUUUCAAGGGAGAAGUUGGACAGCCUGGAUCUCCAGGCCUGGAAGGACAUCGGGGAGAGCCUGGAAUUCCUGGAAUCCCUGGAAAUCAAGGAGCAAAAGGACAAAAGGGUGAAAUUGGACCACCGGGUCAACCAGGAGCAAAAGGGACACCAGGGGAUACU